UGCACAGAUUCAUGUGUUUGGGGUCAAGCCAGUGAAAGCGAGGCAGAGGAUGUUAGGAAAGACGUAGCAUUUUAUUGGCAACUUGGCCAUAGUUUCCAUCUUCCCAAAACCAGUUUGGAAGAUUGUUGCCAAGUGCAAGAUCGUAGGAGCCAGAACUCUCCACGCGAAUGGAAGCGGAGUGGUGGAGUGGGGAGACGGUGGCGGUGGUGACGGGAGGGAACAGAGGGAUCGGGCUGGAGGUGUGCCGGCAGCUCGCAGGCAAGGGGCUCACCGUCAUCAUGACUGCUCGUCAGCCACAGGAGCAACUCUCAGUCCCUGCUCAACAGUUCCUGCAAGAAGGAGCGAGGAAGAAGGUCAUCUUCCACACCCUGGAUAUUACUCAACCGCAGAGUGUGAUGGAUUUCGUCCACUGGUUGAAGCUACGUGUUGGGUUCGUCGACAUUCUGAUAAACAAUGCCGCUAUUCAAACGGCAGUGGUAGAUUGGAAGUUCUUGGAACACAACAAUGUGGACGCAAGAACCUUUCUGGUGAACUUCACGUGUGCUGGUGGGACAUCGGAGAGUUACGAAUCAGCAAAGGAAUGCAUAGACACCAACUACUAUGGAACCAAGAGGCUGACUGACGCCUUACUCCCUUUCCUCCGCCCCUCUCCUUACAAGUCCAGGAUUGUCAUGGUGUCUGCCCUUGCAGGACAGUUAUGUUAUGUAAGGGAUGAAGAGUUGAGAAGGCAACUGUCAGAGACAGAAGGCUUGACAGAGCAGAAGAUCGAUGGGGUACUGAACCUGUUCUUGGAGGACCUCAAGUCUGAGAAGGCCACGGAGAAGUGGCCACUCAAGAUGCCUGCUUACUCCAUUUCCAAGGCUUCCCUGAAUGCAUACGUGAGGCUCCUGAGCCAUCGGCUGAAGGGCAUAGUUUGUGUGAACAGCGUUCACCCUGGGAUCGUGAGAACCGAUAUGACGGAUUUUAUAGGCAAUCUCUCCCCCACUGAAGCGGCUGAGAAUGUGUUGCGUGUUGCUCUCUUCCCUGUUGGUGGUCCGUCUGGACACAAUUUCUUGGAACGUGAGGACUCUGAGUUCUGAUGUCCAUCAAGCUCAGACCAAUAGUAAACCCCAAGUUUAUGUAAGUACUUCGAUUAUGUACUGUUUGCAUCAUGUCCACUAUUAUGUGUAUGGAUCAUGGUGAUGACUCAGUCAUGAGCUCCUGUGUAUUGAAGUUUGGUGUAGUGGUUUCCAACUUGGAUUGCAAUUGGAUACAUUAAGAUAAUACUAAAUGUAGAGACUUAAUCGAAUGUUCUUAGACACGGCAAAAAGUGCUAUUUUCAUGCUGUUUGUUAUUGUUUUUUUUUUUGUUAGUU